UCUCCUCUCUGUUUUGACCCGCAACCUGCCGUCCCUAAAAGCUCCAACGACCGUCGCGACAGCGUCAUUCAGAACACCCGCAGAGAGAGAGAUGUGCACUUUGGAAAAAAGAGGCAAGAUCUUCAUCCUAACUCUAACGGGCGCAGGUGAACACCGCCUAAAUCCCGUACUUCUUGAUGCGCUCCAGUCGGCUUUGCGCCACGUCCGAGACGAGUCCAUUUCCUCCCCAUCUUCGGCUCUAAUCACCACCGCCCAAGGCAAGUUCUUCUGCAAUGGCUACGAUCUUGACUGGGCCGGGUCCUCUCCAUUUCGCUCCGAACUCAUGAACUCAAAACUCCAAUCACUUGUAGCCGACCUCAUCUCGCUCCCCAUGCCCACCAUCGCAGCCGUCUCUGGCCACGCCUCAGCGGCCGGCUUCAUCCUCGCUCUGAGCCACGACUACGUCCUCAUGCGUAAAGACCGAGGCUUCCUUUACAUGAGCGAGCUCGAUAUUAACCUGGUAAUUCCGGCUUGGUUCAUGGCUCUAAUUGAGUGCAAGAUCGGCUCGCCGAUGACUCGGCGUCACCUGGUUUUAACAGCGGCUAAGGUGACGGCUAAGGAAGCCGUGGAGAAGGGGAUUAUCGACUCGGCACACGAUAGCGCGGAGGAGACGGUUAAGGCUGCGUUAAGGUUGGGGGAGGAGUUGGUGCGAAGGGAAUGGGAUGGACACGUGUACGCCCAGAUUCGCAUGAAUCUGUUGGCUGGGGUCUUGGAUGAAAUCGCUGCGAGAAGAAGCACUCGAUCGCGAAUGUAGACCCCUCAGUGCCGAUUCUUGCUUACGAUGCAGUUCCUCUUGUGUUUUCAUCUGUGGUCUAGCUUUUUGGUUUUUGGGAAUAUUUAUUUUUGUAAGUAAACAUGUAGUCAUUUGAUGUCUUGUGGUUGGGGAUUGAACUGAAUUCGUUAGAAUUUCACAAGUUAAGUUGUCUAUG